AUGGCGAAUAGACUCAACGACGACAACAAGAAUGAGGAGAUGCUAUGCGAGAAGGAGCUCACCGGUCCACAUCCUCACAUCGAGCAAUCGCGAACAGAGCAUCAAGAGAUCGUGCAGCGAUAUGAAGACUCAAAGGAACGGAAGCGAGUGUUGAGAAAGAUCGACGUACGCCUGGUUCCGGUCAUGGCGCUUUUGUACGUGGUCAGUCAAGUCGACAGAGCGAACCUCGGCAAUGCGAAGAUCGAGGGUCUGGACAAGGACCUGGGUUUGACUGGAAACCAGUACAACAUUGCCAGCACCAUCUUCUUUGUACCAUACAUCAUCUUCGAGGUUCCAUCCAAUGUUGUGCUCAAGAAGGUGCGCCCGAGUAUCUGGCUAGCCUUCUUGGUCAUCGCAUGGGGUGUCGUGAUGACAUGCAUGGGCGUCGUCAAAAAUUUCCGAGAACUCGUUGCCUGUCGCGUACUGCUUGGCACAUUCGAAGCAGGCUUCUUUCCUGGGGCGGUGUUCCUGGUCUCGUGCUGGUAUCGACGAAGUGAGCUCCAACAACGGGUCGCACUCUUUUACACAGCGUCGGCUUUAUCCGGCGCCUUCUCUGGGUUGCUGGCAUAUGCUAUCGCAAACAUGGACGGCGCACGCGGCAUCGCUGGCUGGAGAUGGAUCUUCAUCAUCGAAGGUGCGGUCACGGUUGCGAUUGGCAUCGCCGUCUACUUCCUCAUUGUGGAUAGCCCGGAGCUUGCAUCCUGGCUAUCUGAGGAUGAAAAGGCCUUCAUUACAGCACGUCUCACUCUUGAUGGCGUGAUUUCGACCACCAAAGAGGGCGACAAGUUCUCAUGGAAGUUGUUUUUCGCAGCAGUGCUCGACCCGAAAGUCUGGGCCGCUAUCGUGAUGGCGUGGGCAAAUGCAGUGCCCAAUGCAGCGUUCAAGUUCACCAUGCCUCAGAUCAUCAAAAACCUAGGAUUCUCCUCCUCCAACGCACAACUCCUGACAAUCCCGCCUUACUUCUGUGGUGCUCUGGCAGCUUGGAUCACUGGCCGGCUCGCAGACAGAUACAAGUGGCGGUUCCCCUUCAUUGCAGGACCAAUGAUCCUGUCGACGAUUUCGCUGGCCGUGCUAUUCGGUCUCGCCAACAAAAUCAAAAGCAAUGUCGGACCGCUCUACUUUGCCAUCAUUCUCGCGCAGAUCGGCACGUAUCCACUUCUACCAUGUAUCUCUGCGUGGACAGGAAAUAAUCUGGCACCAUCCUGGAAACGGUCCAUUGGUCUAGCGAUGACUCUCGCCGGUGGGAACAUAGGCAGCGUGGUGGGCACCAACAUCUUCCUUGACAAGGAAGCUCCUCGGUACGAAACGGGUUACGGCACGACUUUGGGCUUCAUUUGUCUCGGUCUGGCCGCUGCAGUCGUGCUAGAGGUGUCUUUGACGAUGGCCAAUAAGAGGAAGCAGCGCUUGUCCGAGGCCGAUGUCCGGCAAGAGUUCACCGAUGAGCAACUCGACAAGAUGGGAGACAAGAGCCCGCUGUUUCAGUACAUGCUCUGA